GCUACAAUAUAGAAGUCGCGAUCCUUCCAAUGGGACUGUAAAAGGCAGUAUCCUCCGCCGCAGGGAAUUUAGCCUAUUCCGAAUGACCACUCCGGUUCAACAGGCUCAGAACUCCCUGCCCCAAACCUGUUUAUUCCCACAGUGCACAGCUGGAGUUCCUGCCCCCGGGCGGCCCAGCUCAGGCACACGGAGCCAAUGCCUCACGCCCAGCCCGAAGUCAGCUGGCGUUUUGCCCCGCGGCCUCAGGACCACGCCUGGCACCCCCGGGGCUGCCGAGCGGCUGCACCCGACCCCGCACAGCCCGCACUCUCCAGACCCCCGUGAAGAGGUGCCCACGACACUCGGGGGCUGCGGCCGUGCGGGAUGCGCUGCCCAGAGCCGCGCCCCGACCCCGCGGGCGGCACGGGGCGAGUACCGCCCUGCCGCUACCGCCGGCCCCGCGCUGGGGGCGGGACGAGCCGUGUUUACCAACAUGGGAGGAGCCGGGCGCGGGCAGGAGCCUGGCGGCUGCGGGACGCGGCGCUUUCGCUUUCCGGAGAGUGCGGGGCGGCGGAGGGCAGCGGCGGCAUGGCCCGGGGGCUCCUUUCCCUGCUCCUCGUGUUUGUCUUAAUUAUUGAAAUACAGUGCAAAAAUGAUACUGAAGCUCUAAUACACAUACCAUAUAACAAAUUAAUUACAAGGAGGAUCAUUGCUAAAAGGGAAAUUAAGUGUAACCUGGAUGAAUACAAUAUAGGUGCUAAGUGUUGCAAGAAAUGUGAACGUGGUUUUGUUAAAAAGAUUGACUGCCCAACAGAUACUAGAGAACAUUGUGUUCGAUGUGAAAAUGGAAAGGAGUACAUAGAUCAUGUCAAUGCUCUUGACAAGUGUUUGAGAUGCAGUUCAUGUGACAGCAUAUUCAGUUUGGAGGUUGCAAAGAACUGUACCCCUGUACAAAACACAGAAUGCACCUGUGCAAAGAACUAUUUUUGCAAUCCUCCUGUACCAUGUAGGCACUGUGAUCCAUGUACCAUAUGUGAAAGUGGCUUAAUUGAAAAAGAAUGUACAUCAACUUCAGACACUGUAUGCAGAACAAAAGAAACAGGAUUUCAGUCGUGGGCCAUUGCUUUGAUGUUAUUCACUGUUGUAUUAGUAGGAUUAGCAGCAGCUGGAGGAUUAUGGUACAAGAGAAAACAGAAGGGCUCUACUAGCAAGGACAAUGAAGUUGUCACCUCCCAACAAGAAGGUUCUUAUGAGAAUGUACCUCUCAUAUACACAGAUGUUGACCUGAGCAGCCAUGUUGCUGGUAUUGUGGAGGAGAUGACACUCCAAGAAGUCAAGACAUUUGUCCGUAAUCACAAAGUACCAGAACCUGUCAUAGAUCAAACUGUUCGGGAUUAUUUUAAUGAGACAUCUGAACAGAAGAUUAAGCUGUUUCAAGUCUGGUAUCAAAGACAUGGGAUAAAAGGAGCCUAUGUAACCCUAAUAAGCAGCCUGAGAGAGUUUAAAAUGUGUGCUGCAGCUGAUAAAAUCGAGGAAAAACUGAAGGCAGCUAUUUCUAGCUGUCAGGAAGGGGGACAGUCUCAUAGUGAUGACACUGGGCAAAGCAAAACCUACCCUCAGGAAAGCAGAAACUCCUACAAUGACAAUGCUGACCUAAGUAAAACCUGCACUGGUAGUUUGGAAGAGACAUAGUACAGGGGCAUUUGAAAAUUAUUUCUGACUGAAUUACUAUUUUUCUAAUAAAAUAAAUAAAAAAAAGAUUUGAAUGCCAUUUUCAUCAGCAUUUUAAUUCAAGGAAUUUUUAUGAACAAGGAAUAAUUAUAUUUUUUGUAACUAUCUUUAAAAAAGUAUUAGUUUGUUUUUUGUGGAGAGGAAAGGUUUUAUGGUUUAUUUACUCAGUGGUACAAUGUAAGAGUCUAGCUAAAGGAUUUGCUAUAAGAAGAAAUGUUUGAAAAAAAGGUUUUGCUUACAUUAAAAUUAUGAGAUGUUGCAUUUUUCAAAGUGAAAACAGUGGUGGUAAGAGUCUAUGAAGCGGACUAGGAAUACUUGAACAAAAAACCUAUGUAAUACAUACCCGAUUAAUUUUGAAUGUAGAUAUUGCUAUGUAAUUAAAUUCUACUCAGCUGUAAAUUGGAUUUCUCCCUUGUUUAAAAGCACCUGUGUGUAUGUGUAUAUAAUAGAUUUUUUAUGUAUGUGUGUGUGUAUUUUUAUGUGUGUCUGUAUGUAUAAGUUUUCUAUGCAGAAACUCACAGUGCUAAGUAAAAAUUACUUUGCAGCAGAGCAGAACCACAACCUAUGAACUCUCCAUAAGGAACAUAAGUGCAACACUGUUUUUUCUAAUGCAGGAACUGAUAGAAUGAAAACAUCAUUGUCAUUAAAAAA